GAGCUCAGUUUGUAGGCACCAGCAACUGAGGUGGUUGGGGUGUUGAAAGGAAGUGCGAUUAUUUGUUUUUUUUUUUUUUUGUUACGAAGAACGUUACCAAUAGCUGUCACGGGGAGCACGCAAAGCAAAGUUGCAACGCUAUCAUCUUCCAGACGUAUGCUUUGGUCAUCUUACUGACCAACCAAGUCAUUUUUUUACUGUUGCUUACUAAUAAUCAAUAAGCAACCUACAUGAUUGUCGCACAAGGCAAACCGUAGCCUCAAAGGGCUGGACAGCCUUUUUAUAAGCCUAAUCUUAGCACACUUGUCAUUCACCUUGCUUCCUUCCACCUAUCUGGUGAGAAAACACGCUAGCUCACAAGCUAGUUACCUUAUUUUCAGUGCGUGGUGGAGAACGCGCAUAACAGGACAGCUGAGCGCGGUACCGGACCAUAGCUGUCCGGGGGCGCGGAGUUUUACUUGGCCUGAAUAAUUUUUAUAGAUUUGAAAUAUAUACAUUUAUUUUUUAAAAUCUUCCAUGGCAAAGAUGAUGGCAACGGGGUGGCUUUGCCUGGGAUUUUUACUUAGUUUGGGGCCAGUCGGUCCUACCACAGCGAUCGAAGCUUUGAAGACCUGCAGCCCCAAGCAGUUUGUGUGUAAGGACCAGGUCACCUGCAUCUCCAAGGGGUGGCGCUGUGAUGGCGAAAAGGACUGUCCGGAUGGCUCGGACGAGUCCCCUGAUGUCUGUAAGUCCGGCUUUUUGGUGCUACUCGCCACUACUGACAAGAGAAUGGCAGUUGUGAGACACAAAAAUGGGUGGAACCAAAAUUUCUUGCUGUCCACGACUACCUCAUUAAAGCCAAAGUAUUCCUUUGCUUUGGAGAGAGGAGCCUUUGAUUGGUUGGAGCUGAGAUUCACAAAAUUGCCUGUGAAGGACAUCAUCUCCCAGAAGGCCCUGCUCUUCUUGAUGGAUACCAUGUGCAACGGAGUCCCCGACUGCACUGACGGAUGGGAUGAGGGCCCGCACUGCAGAGAGUUUGCCUCCAACUGCACGCACUUGGGCUGCCAGUAUAACUGUUCAGUCACACCCACAGGACCCAUGUGCUACUGCAGGAGUGCCUUUGAGAUCAGCCAGGAUGGCAAGACCUGCAAAGAUUUUAAUGAGUGCACCCUGUAUGGGACCUGCAGCCAAACCUGCACCAACACUGAGGGGGGGUUCAGCUGCAGCUGUGUGGAGGGCUACCUGCCCCAACCCGACAACCGAUCCUGCAAGGCCAAGAAUGACCCGGUGGAUCGGCCGCCGGUGCUGCUCAUCGCUAACUCUCAGAACAUCCAGGCCACCUCCCUGAGUGGGGCGGCGGUCCACAGCCUGCUAUCCACCAGCACCAAGCAGACCACCGCCAUGGACUUCCUGUACGCCCAGGAGACGGUCUGCUGGCUCCACAUGGGGGACCUGGCCACCAGCACCCAGCUCAAAUGCGCCAAGAUCCUCAACCUGAAGGGCUUCACCGAGGAGAGGACCAUCAACAUCUCCCUGAGCCUGCACCAUGUGGAGCAGAUGGCCAUCGACUGGCUGACGGGCAACUUCUACUUCGUGGACGACGUGGACGAUCGCGUCUUUGUCUGCAACAAGGAGGGUGACACCUGCGUCACCCUGCUGGACCAGGAGCUGUACAACCCCAAAGGCAUCGCCCUGGACCCCACCAUGGGGAAGCUGUUCUUCACGGACUACGGGCAGAUCCCCAAGGUGGAGCGCUGCGACAUGGACGGCCAGAACCGGACCAAGCUGGUGGACAGCAAGAUCGUCUUCCCGCACGGCAUCACGCUGGACCUGGUCAACCGGCUGGUGUACUGGGCCGACGCCUACCUGGACUACAUCGAGGUGGUGGACUACGAGGGCAAGAACCGCCACACCAUCAUCCAGGGCCUGCUGAUUGAACACCUGUAUGGUUUGACGGUGUUCGAGAACUACCUGUACGGCACCAACUCGGACAACGCCAACAUGCAGCCCAAGACCAGCGUGAUCCGGGUCAACCGCUUCAACAGCUCCGACUACCAGGUGGUCACCCGCGUGGACAAAGGGGGCGCCCUGCACGUGUACCACCAGCGACGACAGCCGCCAGUGCGGAGCCACGCUUGUGAGCCAGAUCAGUUUGGGAAGGCGGGAGGCUGCUCUGACAUCUGCCUCCUGGGGAACAGCCACAAGACCCGCACCUGCCGCUGCCGCUCCGGCUUCAGCCUGGGCAGCGACCACAAGUCCUGCAAGAAGCCGGAGCACGAGCUCUUCCUGGUGUACGGGAAGGGUCGCCCGGGCAUCAUCCGGGGCAUGGACAUGAACGCCAAGGUGCCCGACGAGUACAUGAUCCCCAUCGAGAACCUGAUGAACCCCCGCGCCCUGGACUUCCACGCCGAGACCGAGUACAUCUACUUCGCCGACGCCACCAGCUACCUCAUUGGCCGGCAAAAGAUUGAUGGCACGGAGAGGGACACCAUCCUAAAGGAGGGGAUCCACACGGUGGAAGGCAUCGCGGUGGACUGGAUGGCGAAUAAUCUGUACUGGACAGACGAUGGGCCCAAGAAGACCAUCAGCGUGGCCCGUCUGGAGAAGGCCUCGCAGACCCGAAAGACCCUGAUCGAGGGCAAGAUGACCCACCCCCGUGCCAUCGUGGUGGACCCCCAAAACGGGUGGAUGUACUGGACGGACUGGGAGGAGGACCCGAAGGAGAGCAAGCGGGGGAAGAUCGAGCGCGCCUGGAUGGACGGCUCCAACCGCAACGUCUUCCUCACCUCCAAGACCGUCCUGUGGCCCAACGGCCUGAGCCUGGACAUCCCGCAGGGCGUCCUGUACUGGGUGGACGCCUACUACGACCGCAUCGAGAUGGUCUACCUCAACAACUCUGAGCGCAAGACGGUCUACGAGGGCCAGGAGCUGAACCACGCCUUCGGCCUGUGCCACUACGCCCACUUCCUGUUCUGGAACGAGUACCGCAGCGGGAGCAUCUACAAGCUGGACCAGGUCACCAAGAACGUCACCCUGCUGCGCAACGAGCGCCCGCCCAUCUUUGAGAUCCGCAUGUACGACGCCCAGCAGCAGCAGGGGUCUAACCUGUGCCGUGUGCAUAACGGAGGCUGCAGCAGCCUGUGCCUGGCCGUGCCGGACGGCCGCCGCUGCGCCUGCGCAGAGGACCAGCUGCUGAACGCAGACAACGUCAGCUGCACAGCGAACCCCUCCUACAGCCCGCCCCCUCAGUGCCAGCCCGGGGAGUUCGCCUGCAGGAACAACCGCUGCAUCCAGGAGCGCUGGAAGUGCGACGGAGACAACGACUGCCUGGACAACAGCGACGAGGCGCCCGAGCUCUGCCACCAGCACACCUGCCCCACGGACCGCUUCAAGUGCCAGAACAACCGCUGCAUCCCGCUGCGCUGGCUCUGCGACGGCGACAACGACUGCGGCAACGACGAGGACGAGUCCAACACCACCUGCUCAGCUCGGACGUGCCCCCCCAACCAGUUCUCCUGCGCCAGCGGCCGCUGCAUCCCCGUCUCCUGGACCUGUGACCUGGACGACGACUGCGGCGACCGCUCGGACGAGCCGGCCUCCUGCGCCUACCCCACCUGCUUCCCUCUCACCCAGUUCACCUGUAACAACGGCCGCUGCAUCAACAUCAACUGGCGCUGCGACAACGAUAAUGACUGUGGUGAUAACAGUGACGAGGCAGGCUGCAGCCACUCCUGCUCCAGCGCGCAGUUCAAGUGCAACAGCGGCCGCUGCAUCCCGGAGUACUGGACCUGCGACGGCGACAACGACUGCGGCGACUACAGCGACGAGACGCACGCCAACUGCACCAAUCAGGCCACGCGUCCCCCGGGCGGUUGCCACGUCGACGAGUUCCAGUGCCGCAUGGACGGGCUGUGCAUCCCGCUGCGCUGGCACUGCGACGGCGACACCGACUGCGUGGACCUGAGCGACGAGAAGAGCUGCGAGGGCGUGCCGCACACCUGCGACCCCGCCGUCAAGUUCGGCUGCCGGGACUCCGCGCGCUGCAUCAGCAAGGCCUGGGUGUGCGACGGGGACAGCGACUGCGAGGACGGCUCGGACGAGGAGAACUGCGAGGUGGUCUCCUGCAAGCUGUCCCACCACCUGUGCGCCGGCAACGAGUCCGUCUGCCUGCCCGCCGAGAAGCUGUGCGACGGCACCGACGACUGCCCCGACGGCUCCGACGAGAAGCUCUGCGAUCUCUGCUCAUUGGAAAAUGGCGGCUGCAGCCACAACUGCACGGUGGCGCCGGGCGAGGGCAUCCUGUGCUCCUGCCCACUGGGCAUGGAGCUGGGCACCGACAACAAGACCUGCCAGAUCCAGAGCUUCUGCGCCAAGCACCUCAAGUGCAGCCAGCGCUGCGAGCAGGAGAAGAACACCGUCAAGUGCUCCUGCUACGAGGGCUGGGCCCUGGAGCCCGACAGGGAGAGCUGCAGGCCGCCAGAUCCCUUCCCCCCCUUCAUCAUCUUCUCCAACCGCCACGAGAUCCGGCGGAUCGACCUGUACAAGGGCGAGUUCAGCGUCCUGGUGCCCGGUCUCCGCAACACCAUCGCCCUGGACUUCCACCUCAACCAGAGCUCCCUCUACUGGACCGACGUGGUGGAGGACAAGAUCUACCGCGGGAAGCUGUCGGAGAACGGCGCCCUGACCAGCUUCGAGGUGGUGAUCCAGUACGGCUUGGCCACGCCCGAGGGCCUGGCGGUGGACUGGAUCGCCGGGAACAUCUACUGGGUGGAGAGCAACCUGGACCAGAUCGAGGUGGCCAAGCUGGACGGCACCAUGCGCACCACCCUGCUGGCCGGGGAGGUGGAGCACCCCCGAGCCAUCGCCCUGGACCCCCGAUACGGAAUCCUUUUCUGGACGGACUGGGACGCGAGCCUCCCGAGGAUCGAGGCGGCGUCCAUGAGCGGGGAGGGCCGGCGCACGGUCCACCGGGAGACGGGCAGCGGCGGCUGGCCCAACGGCCUGACCGUGGACUACCUGGAGCUCCGCAUCCUGUGGAUCGACGCCAGGUCAGACGCCAUAUACUCUGCGCGGUAUGACGGCUCGGGGCUGAUGGAGGUUCUGCGGGGUCAUGAGUACCUGUCGCACCCCUUCGCCGUCACCAUGUACGGGGGGGACGUGUACUGGACCGACUGGCGCACCAACACCCUGGCCAAGGCCAACAAGUGGACCGGGCUGAACGUGACCGUGGUGCAGAGGACCAACACCCAGCCGUUUGACCUGCAAGUGUACCACCCGUCCAGGCAGCCCCAGGCCCCAAACCCCUGUGCCGCAAACGGAGGCAGGGGGCCCUGCUCCCACCUGUGUCUGAUCAACUACCACCAGACCUUCUCCUGCGCCUGCCCCCACCUCAUGAAGCUCCAGGCCGACGGGCACACCUGCUACGAGUCCCGCCAGUUCCUGCUCUACGCUCGGCAGAUCGAGAUCCGGGGCGUGGACAUCGACAACCCGUACUACAACUACAUCAUCUCCUUCACCGUGCCGGACAUCGACAACGUGACGGUGCUGGACUACGACGCGCUGGAGAGCCGCGUCUACUGGUCGGACGUCCGGACGCAGAGCAUCAGGCGCGCCUUCAUCAACGGCACGGGGGUGGAGACGGUGGUGUCAGCAGACCUGCCGAAUUCUCACGGCUUGGCGAUAGACUGGGUGUCCCGGAACAUUUUCUGGACCAGCUACGAUGCCAACAAGAAGCAGAUCAAUGUGGCCCGGCUGGACGGCUCCUUUAAAAACGCUGUGAUCCAGGGUCUGGACAAGCCCCACUGCCUGGUCCUGCACCCCAUCCUUGGAAAGCUGUACUGGACAGAUGGGGAUAAUAUCAGCAUGGCCAACAUGGACGGCAGCAACCACACCGUGCUCUUCACCAAUCAGAAAGGACCUGUGGGCCUGUCCAUCGACUUUGACAUGGAGCAGCUGUACUGGAUCAGUUCAGGGAACAGCACGAUCAGCCGCUGCAGGCUGGACGGCAGCCAGCUGGAGGUCCUGGAGGGGGUGAAAGGCAAACUGACCAAGGCUACGGCACUGGCUAUCAUGGGAGACAAGCUGUGGUGGGCGGACCAGGCUACAGAUCAGAUGGGCACCUGUGAUAAGAAGGACGGGGGAAACUGGAAGGUGAUGAGGAACAGCACGUCCCCCAUGAUGCACAUGAAGAUCUACAAUGAGACCGUGCAGAAAGGUGUAAACCUGUGCAGUGUUGGUAAUGGGGGCUGUCGCGUCCUCGCAGGCGUUGGCUCCUUCCUGCUCUACUCUGUGCACGAGGGCAUUCGAGGAAUCCCGCUGGACCCAGCCGACAGGUCCGACGCCCUCGUGCCCGUCUCCGGCACCUCCCUGGCCGUGGGCAUCGACUUCCACGCCGACAACGACACCAUCUACUGGGUGGACAUGGGCCUGAGCACCAUCAGCCGGGCCAAGAGGGACCAGACCUGGCGCGAGGACGUGGUGACCAAUGGCAUCGGCCGAGUGGAGGGCAUCGCUGUGGACUGGAUCGCAGGGAACAUGUACUGGACGGACCAGGGCUUCGACGUGAUCGAGGUGGCCCGGCUCAACGGCUCCUUCCACUACGUGGUGAUCUCCCAGGGCCUGGACAAGCCCCGCGCCAUCGCUGUGCACCCCGAGAAAGGGUACCUGUUCUGGACUGAGUGGGGGCAGUACCCUCGUAUCGAGAGGGCGCGUCUGGACGGAUCUCAGAGGACUGUGCUGGUCAACGUGAGCAUCAGCUGGCCCAACGGCAUCUCCAUCGACUACCCGGACGGCUUCCUGUACUGGUGUGACGCCCGGACGGAUAAGAUCGAGCGGAUAGAUCUGGAAACCGGGCAGAACCGGGAGGUGGUGCUGGCCAGCAAUAACAUGGACAUGUUCGCCGUGUCCGUCUUCGAGAACUACAUCUACUGGAGCGACAGGACGCACGCGAACGGCUCCAUAAAGAGGGGGAGCAAGGACAACGCCACGGACAGCAUCACGCUGAGGACCGGCAUCGGCGUGCAGCUCAAGGACAUCAAGGUGUUCAACCGAGCCAGGCAGCAGGGAACUACCGUCUGCCGGGACGGCAACGGCGGGUGCGAGCAGCUGUGCCUGUACCGCGGCGACGGCCAGCGCACCUGCGCCUGCGCGCACGGCACGCUGGCGGAGGACGGGCGCGGCUGCCGCGGCUACGAGGGCUACCUGCUCUACUCGGAGCGCACCAUCCUGAAGAGCGUGCACCUGUCGGACGAGCGCAACCUCAACGCGCCCGUCAAGCCCUUCGAGGACGCCGAGCACAUGAAGAACGUCAUCGCCCUCGCCUUCGACUACCGCGGCGGCGGCGGGAAGGGCGCCAACCGCAUCUUCUUCAGCGACAUCCACUUCGGCGACAUCCAGCGCAUCAACGACGACGGCUCCGACCGGCAGACCGUGGUGCAGACCGUGGGUUCGGUGGAGGGGCUGGCGUACCACCGUGCCUGGGACGCCCUGUACUGGACCAGCUACACCACGUCCACCAUCACGCGCCACACGGUGGACCAGAGCCGCGGCGGCGCCUUCGACCGCGACACCGUGGUCACCAUGUCCGGCGACGACCACCCGCGCGCCUUCGUGCUCGACGAGUGCCAGGACCUGAUGUUCUGGACCAACUGGAACGAGCAGUCCCCCAGCAUCAUGCGGGCGUCGCUGUCGGGCGCCAACGUGCUGGUGAUCAUCGGGCACGACAUCCGCACGCCCAACGGGCUGGCCAUCGACCACCGCGCCGAGAAGCUCUACUUCUCCGACGCCACGCUGGACAAGAUCGAGCGCUGCGAGUACGACGGGUCGCGCCGCUACGUGGUGCUGAAGAACGAGCCGGUGCAUCCGUUUGGCCUGGCGGUGUACGGAGACUACAUCUUCUGGACGGACUGGGUCAGGCGAGCCGUCCUCCGCUCCGACAAAUAUGUGGGCAGCGAAAUGAAGGUCCUGCGUGCUGACAUCCCCCAGCAGCCAAUGGGCAUCAUCGCCGUGGCCAACGACACCAACAGCUGCGAAUUCUCCCCCUGCAGAGUGAACAACGGAGGGUGCCAGGACCUCUGCCUCCUGACCUCUGAGGGGCGGGUCAACUGCUUGUGCCGCGGCGAUCGCAAGCUGAUGGAGGACAACACCUGCACAGCUCGGAACUCUUCCUGCAGCAGUGUGGAAGAGUUUGAGUGCGGGAACGGUGACUGCAUCAACUACAGCCUUACCUGUGACGGCAUGGCGCACUGCAAGGACAAAUCAGACGAGAAGCAGUCCUACUGCGCCAAUCGAAUGUGCAAGAGCGGAUUCAGGCGCUGCAACAAUGGCCGCUGCAUCGGCCACAGCUACUGGUGCAACCGGGUGGACGACUGUGGGGACAACUCGGACGAAGUGCCCUGCAAUGUAACUCUGUGCAAAGCGGAGGAGUUCCAGUGCAAGGAUGGGGGCUGCAUCACCAACUCCAGCCGCUGCAACCAGGUGGUGGACUGCAGUGACGCAUCGGACGAGAUGAACUGCACUGCCACCGACUGCUCCAGUUACUUCCGGCUCGGGGUAAAGGGCGUGACCUUUCAGAAAUGCGAGAUGACCUCACUAUGCUACGCUCCUGCCUGGGUUUGUGAUGGCUCCAACGACUGUGGGGACUACUCUGAUGAGAUGAACUGCCCAGAGAAGAAGAAGACCAAGUGUCCGGUGAACUUCUUUGCCUGCCCCAGCGGCCGCUGCAUCCCCAUGAGCUGGACCUGCGACAAGGAGAACGACUGCGAGGACGGCGCCGACGAGACUCACUGCGAUAAGUUCUGCACCUCCGCGCAGUUUGAGUGCGGGAACCACCGCUGCAUCUCUAACCGCUGGGUGUGUGACGGAGCGGACGACUGCGGGGACGGCACAGACGAGGACAGCAGAUGCAAGACCAAGACCUGCAGCCCCGAGGCCUUCCACUGUCCCGAUUCCCACAUGUGCAUCCCGCACCGCUGGAAGUGCGACGGGGACAAGGACUGCCCCGGCGGGGCGGACGAGAGCAUCAAGGCUGGGUGUGUGUUUAACAACACCUGCGGGGAGAAUGAGUUCAUGUGCCAGAACAGACUCUGCAUACCCAAGCAUUUCGUGUGCGACCACGACGUCGACUGCACGGACGGCUCCGAUGAAUCUCUGGAGUGCGGUGAGUGUUUCGGGGGGGGGGGGGGGUUGUUGUUGUUUGUAUUAGUCCUGCCCUUAAAUGGAUACGACCCUUCCACCCAGGAGAAGUGCAGACUCGGCGACAUGUGCAAGAACGGAAGUGCUGACGAACGUGCUGGCACCGAACGACGACUGCGCGACGGCUCCGCGAGCUCAACGCUCGUCAACGAGAACCCAUCUGAGGGACAGAUCUGUCUGCUUUGGCCCCUGCAGUGCAGGUGUCGGCCUGGCUUCCACCUGAAGGAUGAUGGGAAGACAUGUGUGGACAUCGACGAGUGCAAGACCACGUACCCCUGCACCCAGCGCUGCAUCAACAGCUACGGCAGCUUCCACUGCCUGUGUGUGGAUGGCUACCAACCCCGCCCCGACGACCCCAACACCUGCAAAUCCACCUCCGAGGAGGAGGCCUUCCUCAUAUUUGCUAACCGGUACUACCUGAGGAAGCUGAACCUGGACGGCUCCAACUACACCUUGAUCAAGCAGGGCCUGAACAACGCGGUGGCUCUGGACUUCCACUACGCCGAGCAGAUGAUCUACUGGACCGACGUCACCACGCAGGGCAGCAUGAUUCGCCGCAUGAACAUCAACGGGAGCAACGUGCAGGUGCUGCACCGCACUUCACUCAGCAACCCCGACGGACUGGCUGUGGACUGGGUGGGCGGGAACCUGUACUGGUGUGACAAGGGCAGAGACACCAUCGAGGUGUCCAAGCUGGGCGGGGCCUACAGGACGGUGCUGGUCAACACGGGACUGAAGGAGCCACGAGCCAUCGCCGUGGAUGUCCAUAACGGGUACCUGUACUGGUCGGACUGGGGAGAUAUCCCCCACAUUGGCCGAAUUGGCAUGGACGGCAGCAACCGCAGCGUGAUCGUGGACAAGCACAUCACCUGGCCCAAUGGCCUCACGCUCGACUUCAUCAACGAGCGCAUCUACUGGGCCGACGCCCGCGAGGACUACAUCGAGUUCGCCAACCUGGACGGAACCAACCGCCACACGGUGCUGAAUCAGGACAUUCCGCACAUCUUCGCCAUGACGCUGUUUGAGGAGUUCAUCUACUGGACCGACUGGGAAACGAAGUCCAUCAACCGCGCCCACAAGACCCUGGGCACCAACAAGACCCUGCUGAUCAGCACCCUGCACCGCCCAAUGGACAUCCACAUCUACCACCCCUCCCGCCAACCGCAGGUGCACAACCACCCCUGUCAGGUAGACAACGGGGGCUGCAGUAACCUAUGCCUGCUCUCUCCUGGAGGGGGGUACAAGUGCACCUGUCCAACCAACUUCUACCUGGCCAGCGACGGGCGUCGGUGCAUGUCUAACUGCACUGCCAGCCAGUUUGUGUGUAAAAAUGAUAAGUGCAUCCCGUUCUGGUGGAAGUGUGACACGGAGGAUGACUGUGGUGAUCGGUCUGAUGAGCCUGCAGACUGCCCUGAGUUUAAGUGCAGGCCAGGUCAGUUCCAGUGUGGGACAGGGAUCUGUACAAACCCAGCCUACAUCUGCGACGGGGACAACGACUGCCAGGACAAUUCGGAUGAGGCCAACUGUGAUAUCCACGUGUGUUUGCCCAGUCAGUUCAAGUGCACCCACCCCAGCCGCUGCAUCCCCGGGAUCUUCCGCUGCAACGGGCAGGACAACUGCGGAGACGGAGAGGACGAGAAGGACUGCCCUGAGGUAACCUGCGCUCCGAACCAGUUCCAGUGCGCCAUCACCAAGCGCUGCAUCCCGCGCGUCUGGGUCUGCGACCGUGACAACGACUGCGUGGACGGCUCCGAUGAGCCCGCCAACUGCACCCAGAUGACCUGUGGGGUGGACGAGUUCCGCUGCAAGGACUCGGGCCGCUGCAUCCCCUCCCGCUGGAAGUGCGACGGAGAGGACGACUGCGGAGACGCGUCCGACGAGCCCAAGGAGGAGUGCGACGAGAGGACCUGCGAGCCGUACCAGUUCCGCUGCAAGAACAACCGCUGCAUCCCCGGGCGCUGGCAGUGCGACUACGACAACGACUGCGGCGACAACUCCGACGAGGACAAGUGCGUUCCCCGGAAGUGCUCGGAGAGUGAGUUUCCCUGCACUAACGGCCGCUGCAUUGCUGGGAGAUGGAAGUGUGAUGGAGACCAUGACUGUUCUGACGGUUCGGAUGAGAACGGCUGUGAUGUGAAGUGCGACGGCGACCAGUUCCAGUGCAAGAGCGGCCACUGCAUCCCCUUCCGCUGGCGCUGCGACGCCGACCCCGACUGCAUGGACGGCAGCGACGAGGAGAAGUGCGACAGCGGCGUGGGGAGACACUGCCCCCUGGAGGAGUUCCAGUGCAACAACACCCUGUGCAAGCCGCUGGCCUGGAAGUGCGAUGGGGAGGAUGACUGCGGUGACAACUCUGACGAAGAUCCAGAGCAGUGCCAGAAUUUUACGUGCCCCCCCUCCAGGAAUUUCCGUUGCCAAAACAACCGUGUGUGUCUGUGGAUCGGCAAGCAGUGCGACGGCGUGGACAACUGCGGGGACAACACUGAUGAGCUGAACUGCAAGAUCCCUCCAGCCACGCCUGUCUGUGAGAAGAACGAGUUCCUGUGCAGCAACGGCAGGUGCAUCAGCUCCAGCCUGCGAUGCAACUCCUUCAACGACUGCGAGGACUACGGCUCCGAUGAGAUCGACUGCAGGAGGGGUACGGCAGAACCUAAACUGCGUCAGACCAACUGCACAUCCACACCCACAUCCACACUGCAUCAGCCCAACUGCACAUCCAUGCCCACAUCCACACUGCAUCAACCCAACUGCACAUCCACACUGCAUAUGAGCAUAUGCAAUCUGCAUGAUAAGAAUGAGUGCCAGCGUUUCGGCUUGUGCUCCCACAUCUGCAACAACACGAAGGGGUCCUACAAGUGCAGCUGCCACAAGUACUUCACCAAAGUCAACGACACCUGCAAGGCCGACAGUCAGAACAGUAACAGGCAGGUGCUCUACAUCGCCGACGACAACGAGAUCCGGAGCCUGGACCCCAGCGUGCCCAACUGGGUGUACGGGCAGACCUUCCAGGGGGACGCCGACGUGCGCAUCGACGCCAUGGACGUGCACGUCAAGUCCAACAAGCUCUUCUGGACCAACUGGCACACGGGGCGGAUCUCCGUCGACGAGCUGCCCGCCUCCUCGCCAAACUCCAACCGCAACCGCAACCGCCGGCAGACCGAGACCCGCAUCACAAACCUGGAGAUCUCGGGCCUUAAGAUGCCUCGCGGGAUCGCGGUGGACUGGGUCGCCGGGAACAUCUACUGGACCGACUCCGGGCGGGACGUGAUCGAGGUGGCCCAGAUGAGCGGGCAGAACCGCAAGACCCUGAUCUCGGGCAUGAUCGACGAGCCGCACGCCAUCGUGGUGGACCCCCAGAGAGGAACCAUGUACUGGGCAGACUGGGGUAACCACCCGAAGAUUGAGACUGCAGCCAUGGACGGCACCAUGAGGGAGACGCUUGUCCAGGGGAACAUCCAGUGGCCCACAGGCCUGGCUGUGGACUACUUUAAUGAGCGCCUGUACUGGGCGGACGCUAAGCUCUCUGUGAUUGGCAGCGUGCGGCUGAACGGCACGGACCCAGUGGUGGCCGUCAGCGGCAUCAAGAACCAGCUCCACCACCCUUUCAGCAUUGACAUCUUUGAGGACUACAUCUAUGGCGUCACCUACGUCGACAACAUUGUCUUCAGGGUGAACAAGUUUGGCAAGGGCCCCGUGGAGAAAAUGACCACCGGUAUAAACCAUGCCACGGACGUUGUCCUUUACCACCGCUACAAGCAGCCCGAGAUGGCAAACCCAUGUGACAGGAAGAAGUGUGAGUGGCUGUGUCUCCUGAGCCCCAGUGGGCCGGUCUGUACCUGCCCCAAUGGCCGGAUUCUGGACAAUGGAACCUGUGUGGAGCGCCCCCCUCCUACAGAGUCCCCUCUCUCGCCCCCCAGCCGGACCUGCAGCAUGCUGUGCCUGAACGGGGGCAGCUGCUUCCUGAACUCCCGCAAGCAGCCAAAGUGCCGCAGGGUAACCGCCUCCACAGAAUCCCUCACUCCCUCCCUCCUGCACCCUCCAAUCCUCCCUCCGUCUUUCUUUCUCCCUCCUUCGCCGUCUUCUUCUCUUCCUCUCUCAUUCCGUCCCUUUGUUCCUCUCUCAGGUACACCGACCUGUCGCUGCCUGACUGGAUUCACUGGCCCCAAGUGCAACCUGCUCACCUGCAGAGACUACUGCCGGAACGAGGGUAACUGCACGGUGACCCGGGGCAACCAGCCUGCCUGCUCAUGCCCUGCGGAUUACCUAGGAGACAAGUGCCAAUACAGUAAAUUUCAUGGCUUCUGCCAGAACGGAGGCACGUGUCUGCAGCUGUCUGAUGGAACCACGCACUGCCGCUGCCCCCUGCAGUUCGAGGGCAGCGCCUGCGAGGUGGACAAGUGCCACUACUGUAAGGACGGAAAGUGUAUCCACGGCAACAGCUACAGCCUCACGGGAGAGGUCACCUGCAACUGCACUAACGGCAGUAUCCAGCCUAGCUGCUACACCUGUGAGGAUUACUGCAUACAUGGACUCUGCUCCAUCAACACACACACUACGCUGCCAGAGUGCAGUUGCCUCACGGGAUGGAGUGGAAAUCGCUGCCAGCUGGUUGCUGCUCCAGUAGAUUCCUCGGUCUCUAAUGACAAAACCACUUCCAUUGUCCUUCCGGUACUACUGCUACUAUUAGUUGUGCUGUUGGUGGGCGGCGCCAUCUUCUGGUACAAGAGGAGAAUGCGUGGGUCUGUAUGGCUGGGCAAAUCCUGUUCCAGACGCUCGCGGGCAAAGGGCUUCCAGCACCAGCGGAUGACUAAUGGGGACAUGAAUGUGGAGAUCGGAAACCCGGCGUACAAGAUCUACGAGGGCGAGCCCGACGAGGACGUGGGAGAGCUCCUGGACUCCGAUUUCACACUGGACCCAGACAAGCCCACCAACUUCACCAACCCAGUUUACGCCACCUUGUACAUGGGCGCCCACAACAGCCGCAACUCCCUGGCCAGCACGGACGAGAAGAGAGAGCUGCUGUCUCAGGGGGAGGAGGAUGUGGUGGACCCCCUGGCAUAGAGCGGCGCCCCCUACAGUCCACUAAGCACCGCUACACACAAACCCCACCCCCCCCCCUUCGCCUUUUUAAAAAAAAAGCACGAACACUGUAUAAAAUGUACAAAAUGAAGGACUACUUUUGUAUGUGAUUGCAGUAUUAUAUUUUGUUCUUUGAAGAUUCCUCUGGUCAAAAAAAAAAAAACAUUUUUCUAUACAAUUUUUUUGUUAACUCGGUUCCACCCACACACACCCUCCUUUACCCAAGUAGUCGCUACCUCUGUGCAGAAUCACAUGAAACAAAGGAGAGAC